AUGGCUUACAGGAAGGUGUGUGAUGCCCAAGGUGGCCCAUUAGUUGGUGAAGGUCUGCACUGUUCUCGUGGUUUAGACCUGGACUGGGAGCUAGAGAAGGAGGAGUUACAGGAGCCAGGACCCAGCUUGGAUCCUAUGCAGAUGCAACAUGCAGAGUGCCAGAGAUCUGGGUGUUCGGACCCUGGGCCCGACCCUGAGCUGCUGGAACACAUCCAGCCAUCUGUCUCUGUUUCACCACAUGGGCAUUUCGAACGACUACAAGAAGAUCCGAAUUACAUUUCCCACUUUACCAGGGCUCCAGGCCACAAAGGCCAACGUCAGCUCCACUGCUUUCUGCUCAGGCACUUCCUGGCAGGGGUGGGGCUUUUUUUCUUGGGGCUCAUGAUUGGAUGGUUCGCUCACAAACCCAGUCGGAAACCACUUGUUCCUCCAUCUGACAGCUCUGACCUACUCGAGGAGCUGCUGAAAGGCAUCACAGCUGACAAGAUAGAUGCCCUCCAGAGGUCUUUCUCCACUCUAUCAGAAGACAGUGAAGAAACUAAAGCCAGAUACCUCUACAGGCAGUGGGUGGAAUUUGGUUUAUCGGAUGUGCAUCUGUCCAAUCACACAGUCCUGGUCAGUUUGCCCGGUCCAACGCCCAACACCAUAACAGACAGGUCUAGUCAUCAGUGUUUUCUGCCCAAUGGGAUCCCAUGUGACCAGCGUGGACAAAAUGGCAUGCCACAGCAACAGUUUUCCUAUGCAGCCCAUUCUGCCGUUGGAAGUUUGCAGGGGGAGGUGGUGGAUGUCCAGUAUGGUAGCAUGAGUGACCUGAUAAAAGCUAAAGAAAGUCUUAAUCUCACCAAUCAGAUUGCUGCAGUCAAGCUUGGACGGGUACCACUACUCUACAAGCUGUCCAUACUGUCUCAGAUGGGAUUUGGAGGGGUUCUGCUCUACAUUGACCCUUGUGAUGGCACUCGAAGCAGACAUAUCUGGCAUCAAGCCUUCAGAGUCACCAUCAACCCUGGAGGAAACCCUGCCAUUGGUGAAAUUUCUAGGCGCAGCCAGGGAAGUCUCACGUCUCUGUUGGUUCAGCCUAUCUCUGCCUUCCUGGCCAAGACACUGCUGUCAUCUCCGUCCGCAGGCCCCAGAGAAUCCUGUAUUCCUCUCGCUAUGCCUUCUAACAAAGAGAAUAAGAAGAUUACUUUGACAAUUGGAAACCAGGUAUUCUACCAGAAAAUUUACAAUGUUGUGGGAUACCUGAAAGGAAAGACAAACCCAGAUCGUUAUGUGUUAGUUGGCAGUCGCCAUGACAGCAACCAGGGAGGUGGGGCUUCAGCCAUUAUGAACCAGCUCAUUGCAGUGAUGACAGAGCAGACCAAACGAGGAUGGGUGCCAGAUCGCACCGUCGUGUUUUGUUCAUGGGGAGGUUCAGCCCUGGGGAACAUCGGCUCCUACGAGUGGGGAAAGGAUAACAGUGUUGUACUGCAGAGCAGUGCUGUGGCCUACGUCAGCCUGAAUUCUCCAGUUCGGGGGACAGAGACUCUCACCGCUACAGCUUCCCCGACGCUCCUGCAACUCACCUCAGAUAUACAACGGAGACAGUUGCUGAGUUGUAUCCGCGGAGGAAACUGCCCUGGACCCAACGUCAGCUCCCUGCAGUUGCCAGGAGAUGUGAGCUUCUUUGCCAACCAGCUCGCUGUGCCCACGCUGGAGUUUGCCUUUGAGCAGACCAAAGCAGAGGAAGAAACAUCUUACCUAUCGGAGGCCCAAUUCUUGGCAGAGUCACCACAGGCUAUGGACCCACUCUUCAAGUUCCAUGAGACCAUUGCCAAGAUGACAGCAGAAGCCAUUUUCCACCUGGUCAAUGAUCCUGUGCUGGCAUUCUACCCUCUGGAUAUCGCUCUGGAUGUGCAAAACAAGCUCAAAGACAGCACUGUGGCUUAUCCGCUCCUGCUGUCCUCAGCGUCAUCCUUGAGAGACCACGCAGCCUUCUUCCAAUCAGAAACCAUGCGGCCAGCCAAUGACCCAAAAGAGCGCGACCCCUCUCAUGUGCGGAUGCUCAAUGAUGUACUCCGCGACCUGGAAAAGAGCUUUGUCAUCCCACAUCCACCACCUGGAGUGUACCGGAACCUGCUAUAUAGCCUUCCAGGAACGAUGACUCAGUUCUCCAUGCUCAAGUUGUCACAGGAAUCCUUCUACCAUCACUGCAGUGACACCAACAAAGCAAUGAAAUGCAACUCUGUCAACCAAGAAAUACUUCACCAAAGGGCAGUGAACCAAACUCUGGCGCUCAUCCUUCGGGCCAUCCAGUCAGCUGAAAGGCUGGUUUGUUUUGGCUUGAAACUGUUUGAGAAUUAUCCAGAUUACACAACAUGA